CUUCCUGGUCCCCGCGGUGGCUUCGUGGCCAGGAGUGCGGAGACGCCUCCUAUUUCUCCGCCUCCGACCCGAAGAGUGGAAACUGAGGCAGAUCGGAGGUGGGGCUGUCACAUGGGGAUCGAAGAGGGAGAAUUUCUGUUCGUGACAAAACCAAACUUGUUUGGAGUUGAGGAUGAGGACUGGGCAGGUUAGCUGGACUUCUCCAUCGGUCGGAAAGCCAGCCCCUCUGACCAGAGCGGAGCCUUGGUCGGGAGCCCAGCCCCUCCGAAGCCCAAGCUAUAGAAGUCGGCCCUUCUGAACAGUGGUGCAGAGUAAGAAAAUUGAAGUCAAAGACCAUGGGAGAUGCUGCCAAACCUUAUUUUGUGAAGCGUGCUAAAGAGCGAGGGACUACUGAUGAUGAAGAUUUCAGAAGGGGUCACCCCCAACAAGAUUAUUUAAUAAUGGAUGAUUAUGCUAAAGGCCAUAGCAGUAAAAUGGAAAAAGGCCCUCCCAAAAAAAAAUUAACACCAGGGAACUAUGGGAAUACCCCCAGAAAAGGACCAUAUGCUGUUUCCAGCAAUCCAUAUGCAUUUAAGAACCCAAUUUACAGUCAAUCUGUUUGGAUAACUGAUAACCACAAAGAUCAGAGUAAGAGAUGGCUAUCUGAUGAACUUGGUAAUGCAGACAGUUGGAGAGAAUUCAAACCUGGACCUAGAAUUCCUGUUUUAAACCGACCAAGAAAAGACUCUUUUCAAGAAAGUGAAGAUGUAUAUAGGUGGCAAGAUGGAAGAGGCUGCAGAACUGUAAGACGAUUGUUUCAUAAAGACCUGACAAGCCUGGAGACCAUGUCAGAAAUGGAAGCAGGAAGCCCUGAAAACAAGAAGCAGAGGUCCAGACCUAGGAAGCCACGGAGGACUAGAAAUGAGGAAAAUGAACAGGAUGGAGACUUGGAAGGCCCUGUGAUCGACGAGUCUGUGCUUUCAACAAAGGAACUGCUGGGCUUACAACAGGCUGAGGAGCGAUUGAAAAGAGACUGCAUCGACAGGCUGAAAAGGCGACCAAGAAACUACCCUACAGCAAAGUACACCUGCAAACUUUGUGAUGUUUUAAUUGAAUCCAUUGCAUUUGCUCAUAAGCAUAUCAAAGAGAAGAGGCACAAGAAAAACAUUAAGGAGAAGCAGGAGGAAGAGUUGCUCACCACGUUACCCCCGCCUACACCCUCCCAGAUAAAUGCAAUUGGUAUUGCCAUUGACAAAGUGGUACAGGAGUUUGGCUUACACAAUGAGAACUUGGAACAGAGACUAGAAAUUAAACGUAUCAUGGAAAAUGUGUUCCAACACAAGUUACCAGAUUGUUCUCUGAGAUUAUAUGGAUCAUCCUGUAGCAGAUUGGGUUUCAAAACUUCGGAUGUAAACAUUGACAUUCAAUUUCCAGCCAUUAUGUCUCAGCCAGAUGUUCUCUUACUUGUCCAAGAAUGUUUAAAGAACAGUGACUCUUUUACUGAUGUUGAUGCUGAUUUCCACGCUAGGGUGCCAGUGGUUGUGUGCAGAGAAAAGCAAAGCGGUCUUCUCUGUAAAGUGAGUGCAGGAAAUGAAAAUGCUUGUCUGACAACCAGUCAUUUAACGGCCCUUGGAAAACUAGAAUCAAAGUUGGUUCCUUUGGUGAUCGCAUUUAGACACUGGGCAAAGCUUUGCAGUAUAGACCGCCCUGAAGAAGGAGGUUUGCCACCUUAUGUGUUUGCCUUGAUGGCCAUUUUCUUUCUUCAGCAGAGGAAAGAACCCCUUCUGCCUGUUUAUCUAGGAUCAUGGAUUGAAGGAUUCUCAUUAAACAAACUAGGGAAUUUCAACCUUAAAGAAAUACAGGAAGACUCUGUAGUCUGGGAAUACACUGAUAAUGCUGCAGGGGACACAGACACAGCAAAAGAAGAGGCACCAAAAGAAAUGCCCAUUAAAAGGGGACAGGUAUCAUUAACAUUUGAUUUAAAACACCAGCCUUCAGUACCAGUUGGGCAGCUCUGGGUGGAAUUACUUCGAUUCUAUGCCUUAGAAUUUAAUUUGGCAGAUUUAGUAAUAAGCAUCCGUGUCAAAGAAUCAGUAUCUCGUGAAUCAAAGGAUUGGCCCAAAAAGCGCAUUGCCAUUGAAGAUCCCUACUCUGUUAAAAGAAAUGUGGCAAGGACCCUGAAUAGUCAGCCUGUGUUUGAAUUUAUUCUUCAUUGUUUAAGGACAACGUAUAAAUAUUUUGCUCUUCCACACAAAAUUACAAAAUCCAGCCUUCCAAAGCCACUGAACACUGUUACCUGCACUUCUGAACGUUCUAAAGAAGUAGCAAAGCAUGAUCCAGGUGUACAAGCCAAAGGUGACAAGCUCAAGAACUCAGUUUUGGCUCAAGGUCCUGGCGCUGCCAGUUGCACCACAAACACCUGCAAGGUACAGCCACUCCCUCUUAAGGAGACUGCAGAGAAUUUUGAAAGCCCGUGUACAGGGGAAACGGGGAACCCCUACAUCAGAACCCACCUGGGAAACGCAGACUGUGUCAAGGCAGAGGUCAGUUGCGAUGACCGUGAGGAUGUUAAAGUAUCACGUCAAGAAACAAGAAGUAAAAAUGAGAAAGAAGAAAAUGGAAAGGAGGGCAAGCAUCCUUUGAGUACUGACCGUCAAUCGUUAAGUGGUGGCGAAGCUGGAGAGCUUACCGCCAGUGGCAGCACAGGAAAUAAUGAGACAGAUGGCACUUUGGGUUUAGAAGGCUUCGAAAAUGCUACAGCCAAAGAGUGCACGGAGUUUGCGACUUUAGAUGACAAAGCUGAUGUUGAUGAGGAAAGCACAGAAGGUGCUAAUGAACUCGAAGACACCCUAAGCCACUUUACCCCUUCAGGACAGGACCACACCUCAGGAAUCACUCACUCUGACGAAGAAGAGGAGGACGAAGAGGAGGAGGAAGAGGAAGAACCCAGGCUCUCCAUUUCCCAAAGGGGAGAUGAGGAUGACAUUGCAAAUGAAGAUGAGUUAGACAAUACCUACACUGGGUCAGGGGAGGAGGACGCCCUAUCUGAAGAGGAAGAGGAAAUAGGAGGGUCUGCUAGCUACGAAGGCUUGCAAGAAGGUGGGAAACAUGUGGACGGAGAUCUCCUAGUGGAGCUGAAUAAAAUCAGCCUCAAAGAAGAAAAUGUCUGUGAGGAAAAGUCAACUGUGAAUCAGUCUGAUUUUUUCUACGAAUUUAGUAAACUCACCUUCACCAAAGGCAAGUCUCCUACAGUAGUAUGCAGUUUAUGCAAACGAGAGGGUCAUCUAAAGAAGGACUGUCCUGAAGACUUCAAAAGAAUCCAGCUGGAGCCUUUGCCACCAUUAACACCCAAGUUUUCAAAUAUCUUAGAUCAAGUUUGCAUUCAGUGUUACAAGGAUUUUUCUCCAACUAUUUUAGAAGAUCAGGCUCGUGAACAUAUUCGGCAAAACCUAGAAAAUUUCAUAAGACAAGAAUUUCCAGGAACUAAAUUGAGCUUGUUUGGCUCCUCCAAAAAUGGAUUUGGGUUCAAACAGAGUGACCUCGAUGUCUGUAUGACAAUUAAUGGACUGGAAACUGCUGAGGGCUUGGACUGUGUAAGAACUAUUGAAGAAUUGGCAAGAGUCCUCAAAAAACAUUCAGGGCUGAGAAACAUCUUGCCUAUUACAACAGCAAAGGUGCCAAUUGUGAAGUUUUUCCAUUUGAGGAGUGGUCUCGAAGUGGACAUCAGUUUGUAUAACACAUUGGCCCUUCAUAACACAAGGCUCUUAUCUGCUUAUUCAGCCAUUGAUCCCAGAGUGAAAUAUUUGUGCUACACCAUGAAAGUAUUUACAAAGAUGUGCGAUAUCGGUGAUGCAUCUAGAGGCAGCUUAUCAUCAUAUGCAUACACGCUUAUGGUGCUAUAUUUCCUCCAGCAGAGGAAUCCACCAGUCAUUCCUGUCCUUCAAGAGAUAUACAAAGGUGAAAAGAAACCUGAAAUAUUUGUUGAUGGCUGGAAUAUUUAUUUUUUUGAUCAAAUAGAUGAACUGCCCACCUAUUGGCCAGAAUAUGGAAAAAAUACAGAAUCUGUUGGGCAGCUGUGGUUGGGACUUCUUCGUUUCUACACAGAGGAAUUUGAUUUUAAAGAACAUGUUAUUAGCAUCAGGAGAAAAAGUCUGCUUACAACUUUUAAGAAACAGUGGACCUCAAAGUACAUUGUUAUUGAAGAUCCAUUUGAUUUGAAUCAUAAUCUUGGAGCUGGAUUAUCAAGGAAAAUGACAAAUUUUAUAAUGAAAGCAUUUAUUAACGGUAGAAGAGUAUUUGGUAUUCCAGUCAAAGGAUUUCCAAAGGAUUACCCCUCAAAAAUGGAGUACUUUUUUGAUCCAGAUGUGCUAACUGAAGGAGAGUUAGCCCCAAAUGAUAGAUGUUGCCGAAUUUGUGGGAAAAUUGGACACUUCAUGAAGGACUGUCCUAUGAGGAGAAAAGUGAGGCGACGGCAUCAGGAAGAUACCCCAAACCAAAGAUACCCUGAGAACAAAGAUAAAAGAAGCAAAGAAGACAAAGAAAUUCAAAACAAGUACACAGAGAGGGAGGUGUCAACAAAAGACGAUAAACCCAUGCAGUGCACACCUCAGAAAGCCAAGCCAGUGAGGGCAGCUGUCGACCCUGGGAGAGAGAAAAUUCUCAGGCUACCGGUGGAAAAAUGGAAGAGACAGGAUGACAAAGACUUGAGAGAAAAACGUUGUUUUAUUUGUGGACGAGAAGGGCACAUUAAAAAGGAAUGCCCACAAUUUAAAGGCUCUUCAGGUCUGUCUAGAUCAGACUGUGUGUUUGGAUCCCCCUCUUCACCUAGGCCUUUGAGACCAGCAGGCACAUUCGUUCAGGCAGUGCUUUUACAUGAAGACCAAAAGAAACAAAAAACAUCUAUAUUUUUGAGUCCCCAGUCAGGUAGCCUUUCCAGUAAAUAUAUGACUCAGGGAAAAGCCUCAGCGAAGAGGACCCAGCAGGAAUCAUGAGGGAAGGAAAAUGCCGCACUCUAAAUGCCACUCAGGCAUUCCUAUUCACUUUGAAAAUAGGGUUCAUUUCACAGGACACAGCAGCAUAGAUCAGGCUUCGACUUAACAUUUAAGGGAAAUGUCAGAUUUUUUUUAACUUAAUGAAAUUGUUAAUGAAAAAAAAUUUUAAUAAGAGUCUUACCUAUUACAAAUCCCAUAGGUUUAAGGAUUUUAAUAGAAAGCCAUGAUGUAUGUAUUUAAGACAGGUUUAAAAAAAAAAAAAUGUAACUAUGGGCCAGUAUUCAGUGAAUACAAUUUCAUGGUUUUUAAAUCUCUCAAAGCACGCUAAAAAUAGUGUGCUGAUAAACUCCAAGUAAAUUGAUCUUUUUUUUCCUUAAAAAUCCUUUUUUUGUUUGUUUUGAAGAGGGGAAAUUAUAUUUAUUGUCGUUGACUGAAUCCUUGUGUGAAAGCGUGUCAAAUAUGUGUGAACUGCUACUACUGUAUUUACGAUUUUCAGACUUAUUUUAUUGCUCUUUGUAGAAGUGAUAACGUAACAUGAGUACCUAUUUAUGUGAGCCUUCCGUGGAUGAGCAGUGCCACCAAGGGGCUUUUGGUUUUCUCCCUCUCUAAUUUUGUAAUUAUAUGUAAGUUGACAUAUAAUUACUAUGGUCAUAAAAAUGAAGUAAGGAAAACAAGAAUCCUGUUUGCUGCUAAAAAAAAAAAAAAAAUAUUUUCAAAGGAAAAAUGACAAAAUAAAUACUUUUUACUUUCUAUGAUAUUCAGAAAUUAGGUGGAGCACUUUUUAAAUCCCUGAAGAAGAAAGAGGCUAUCAUCUCUCUGCCAAUCACGAGCUGGAUUGGUUCAUGUUGGUUUGACUGGAGCCCUCAUGGAAAUGUUUCUCUAAUUCGCAAGCCCUUCGUAAGCAGUAUAUGGUCAGAACUAUGCCUUAGUUUAUUUAUCCUUUUGAAAUAAAAUCAAAACAUCAACCUGUAA